ACAACAACAACAUUUGCUACAUCUACCUCGUGGUUACUGGUCGAACCCGUCGAACAAUCCGCAGAUAUACUAAGAUCUCUCUAAUCCGCAGCAUGAAGCAAAACGGAGUAAGACUCGUGCAGAGGAAGUUCGCGCAAGGUGUACCCAUCCCGGCAAGCAGCGUCAGCGUCGCGCCCGCGCCGCCGGAGCGCAAGGACCCACCUUACCCUCCCAAAAAUAUUUACCACCACAAUAUGUCCGCAAGAAACCUGCUUGACAUUGUGUCUAUGCAUAACAUUCAUAAACAUAAACAAGAACCACUUGUGGUUCUUGAGCGUCUCCGAGACGAUGAGAUACCAUCCGCGCCCGUGCCCGUGGCGAACGGGCGGCGCGUCCGACCUAGGAUCCGGGUGCCCUUGAGACGGCGAAAGGUCAAGGGCAAGGGCAACAAGGGCAACAUGUGCCUGAGGUCGGGCAAGCGAAAGUCCACCGAGGCUGGCAAGGGGCCCAUAAAGAAACGCAAGAAGCUGUCCUCGGAGUCCACGGACGAUAUACCGCUUGUAUACUACUGUAACGACAGACCCGCCAAACCGCGUUACGGACUAAUCACAGAUAAAAAAGUGAAACCGUCACAGAAACGUGCGCCCACACCAAAGAAACAGAUUGAAAAACCCACUUUAAGGGCAGCGUCGACAGAUGAUGGAAGCUUUACAUUUAAGGAGCCGCCAAGCCCGGCACGCCUUAGCUACAGGUUGUGCAAGAAAACAGCCGCUACAGCUCGUCAAAUAAAGACAGGGCUGCCGAAGGACCCGCGCUGGUCCACUCUCCGCUCGGCGCGAGCGCCCUCCGAUACCAGAGGCAUAGUGCGGCGCCUCCGCAACAAAGUCCUACUAAGUACUGUUUCAGGUAAAAAGCCACCGAAACCUGCAGCCAGGAAAGCGACCUCGGAAACUACCACAGAUGACACGCUUCUAUCGCCGCCGGGCCCGUCCGGUUUCAGAGUGCCACGACCGCCGCCCUCUGAAAGCAGCUAUGUCCCAUCAGAACAGGAUUCUCUUGAUUCCUACAGGCUUUCAAUCCCUCCCCGUUACAAUUUCGAUGAGUCUCAGGCGGGUCCAUCCGGUUUCAAACCACCAAUGCCUCCACCCACAACCUAUGAGUCUCAGGCUGGUCCGUCGGGUUUCAAACCACCAAUGCCUCCACCCACAACCUAUGAGUCUCAGGCGGGUCCGUCCGGAUUCAAAUCACCAAUGCCUCCACCCACAACCUAUGAGUCUCAGGCGGGUCCGUCCGGUUUGAAAUCACCGAUUUCUUCACCCACUAAAACCUGUGCAGCGGUGGUACCAUAUUAUCGUCGCGAUUCACUAGAAUCCAUCGAACGAUUUCUCGCUCUCAAAGAUGGUCUGGCGAACUCAAGCAUGUAUAGCAGUUCUAUCAGCGUGGGAGGCCCCCCCAUGUUAUACGUGCCAUCGCCUGUUCCCAGCGUCGUUCCCUCCACCGACGGAGUGGAAGACUGGUGUAUACCCCCAGAACCCCCAGUUAAACCCCCGCAAUCUCCCAUCAACGAGUCAGAGUUCAGCCGGGACAUGAUCCUGCUUCUGACACCACCACCACCACCAGAGCCCACAGCGACCCCACCAGAGCCCACAGCGACCCCACAGGUCCUUCUAGAAAGGGCAAUAAUUGAACCUGUAGAUACACAUAAAGGAAAGGGAGUGGGGAAGAAAACUCCAAAGAAAAAACAGACCAAGGGAAGGAAGCCGAAAGCAGCACAAGUCAAGAAAACAUUACCGAAGCGAGCGGCUAAGGCUGCCCCUACACAAGAAGAGGUGGCUCCCAAGAAAAGACUUUUAAGGAACUCCCGCGAACCGCCGCCAGCAAACCCGGACGUGUACGAGUUCGACGACCUCGAAGGCUCUCGGCCUCCCUCCGGCCUCCGUCGCCGCAACCAGCCCACCCCCGACCCCCCCGCGCAGAGCCCCGAAAGUAUACAGUACAUGGACAUUCUCCCAACAAGCUCACAACUUGUCAAAAUUAACACUAAAAAAGAAGAACUUGGGAACGUACUUAGUGCCAGUUUAGUGUGUAAGGACGACAUAUAUAAGAAGCAGAGGAAUUUAAUUGAUAACCUGGCUAAUAGUCCAGCGCUGCUAAAUAAGUUUUUUAACUGCCUACCGACGGAACUGCAGAAUGAGCUUGGGAGUUUGGCCACGGAGGGGAAUGGGCGGGAAGAAGCUUAUUUGGCAGAAAAGGCGGGAACUGUCUUAGAGGCACCCACGUAUCAUCCCACGGCUGAGGAGUUUGAGGAUCCGAUACAGUACUACGACAAAAUCGCUCCCGAGGCCUCAAAAUACGGUCUCUGCAAAAUAGUUCCCCCUGACAACUUCAAACCUACAUGCAUCAUGAGCGACACGAUCCGCUUCGCCGUCAUAUACCAGUACAUCUCCAAGAUGUACAGCCGCUGGGGGCCCGUGUCCAGGGAGCUGGCUGCCAUCAAGGCGCACCUGCGGACCCAGAGCGUCGUGUUCGCGCGGUCUCCCCUAGUGAGUACACCCUCUACCGUGAGCGACAUGAUCACAUACCAGUACAUCUCCAAGAUGUACAGCCGCUGGGGGCCCGUGUCCAGGGAGCUGGCUGCCAUCAAGGCGCACCUGCGGACCCAGAGCGUCGUGUUCGCGCGGUCUCCCCUAGUGAGUACACCCUCUACCGUGAGCGACAUGAUCACAUACCAGUACAUCUCCAAGAUGUACAGCCGCUGGGGGCCCGUGUCCAGGGAGCUGGCUGCCAUCAAGGCGCACCUGCGGACCCAGAGCGUCGUGUUCGCGCGGUCUCCCCUAGUGAGUACACCCUCUACCGUGAGCGACAUGAUCACAUACCAGUACAUCUCCAAGAUGUACAGCCGCUGGGGGCCCGUGUCCAGGGAGCUGGCUGCCAUCAAGGCGCACCUGCGGACCCAGAGCGUCGUGUUCGCGCGGUCUCCCCUAGUGAGUACACCCUCUACCGUGAGCGACAUGAUCACAUACCAGUACAUCUCCAAGAUGUACAGCCGCUGGGGGCCCGUGUCCAGGGAGCUGGCUGCCAUCAAGGCGCACCUGCGGACCCAGAGCGUCGUGUUCGCGCGGUCUCCCCUAGUGAGUACACCCUCUACCGUGAGCGACAUGAUCACAUACCAGUACAUCUCCAAGAUGUACAGCCGCUGGGGGCCCGUGUCCAGGGAGCUGGCUGCCAUCAAGGCGCACCUGCGGACCCAGAGCGUCGUGUUCGCGCGGUCUCCCCUAGUGAGUACACCCUCUACCGUGAGCGACAUGAUCACAUACCAGUACAUCUCCAAGAUGUACAGCCGCUGGGGGCCCGUGUCCAGGGAGCUGGCUGCCAUCAAGGCGCACCUGCGGACCCAGAGCGUCGUGUUCGCGCGGUCUCCCCUAGUGAGUACACCCUCUACCGUGAGCGACAUGAUCACAUACCAGUACAUCUCCAAGAUGUACAGCCGCUGGGGGCCCGUGUCCAGGGAGCUGGCUGCCAUCAAGGCGCACCUGCGGACCCAGAGCGUCGUGUUCGCGCGGUCUCCCCUAGUGUGUACACCCCCUACCCCGCUGGGGCCCGUGUCCAGGGAGCUGGCUGCCAUCAAGGCGCACCUGCGGACCCAGAGCGUCGUGUUCGCGCGGUCUCCCCUAGUGAGUACACCCUCUACCGUGAGCGACAUGAUCACAUACCAGUACAUCUCCAAGAUGUACAGCCGCUGGGGGCCCGUGUCCAGGGAGCUGGCUGCCAUCAAGGCGCACCUGCGGACCCAGAGCGUCGUGUUCGCGCGGUCUCCCCUACUGGACGGCAGCGAAGUGAACCUUCCAAAGCUAUACCACGCCGUUGAGCGUAACGGCGGCCUCAGCAACGUGAUACAACGCAAGCGCUGGGGCCGUGUCGCUGACGAGAUGAAGCUGACCAAGUUGCAGCAUCCGGAGCGCAAGCUGGACCCCAUAUACAUGCGAUACCUGCUGCCCUACGCCACGCUGUCCGACCAGGAACGCCAAAGUAUAAUGGCGGAGGUGGAACAAUGCUGGACUACCAAGUACCAGAAGAUGCUGGAACGGGCCCGCAAUCCCUUCCAGCGUCAGAACCGCAUGCUGGGCACCGAGUGCGAGUCCGAAUCUGACGACGAGGCCGACGACGGCAACACAGCCGGCGCGCUGCUCGAGGCCGAAGACUGCAUAGUGCAAGGACGCACUAUGAACCUGGUGACGUUCAAGAAGAUCGCGACGUCCCUCAUGGACGCCCACUUCGAGCCGUCAAAGCAGCCCCCGGGCGCCGUCGACGUCGAGAAGGCGUACUGGCGCGCCGUGCUGCUGGGCACCGAGCACAUCGUGGCCAACACGGCGUCCAUAGACACAGGAGAGGAGGGUUAUGGCUUCCCGAAGGACCCGCAGGUCGAGUACGGCGACCAUCCCUGGAAUCUCAAGGUGCUAGCGCGGAACCUGAACAACGUGCUCCGCUACCUCGGCCCAGUGCUGGGAGUGACCGUGCCCACCCUCCACCUCAACAUGUUGUUCAGCACGUCGUGCUGGCACCGCGACCCCCACGGCCUGCCCUGGACCGAGUACAUGCACAGCGGCGCCGAGAAGAUAUGGUACGGCAUCCCUCGCGACGAAAGCACAAAUUUCAGACGAGCAGUCGAAACCCUUUGCCCCGCCUACUGCCAAAACAAAUCCAUCUGGCUCGCCUCCGAGAUCACCAUGGUCCCACCCAACAUCCUCAGCGAGCACGGAGUGAAGCUGUCAAGGCUGCUGCAGCGGCCCGGGGAAUAUGUCCUGGUGUUCCCUGAGGCCCAUUCGUGCUCGAUAACAACCGGAUUUGGGAUAUCGGAGAGCGUCUACUUUGCUUCAAACGCUUGGCUGGCGGAUGUGUACAAACUAUUCCAGGAGCUGCGUAACAGCUGCGAACCGACCAUGUUCUCCCUGGAGCAGCUCCUCCUCAACGGCAGCGCCGACCCCUCGGCCCCCUACCAGGUGUGCUCCGUGCUGGCCACGCUCCUCAACGCCGAGCUGGAGCACCGGCGCGCCCUCGAGCAGAAGGGGCUCAAGGUGCAAGAGCGUCCCCAGUCGUCGUCGGCGCCGCUCAACACGUCGUAUUUCCGCGCGUGGAACACUCGCGACCAAGACGAGUGCGAGUAUUGCCGCUCCACCCUCUUCCUCUCCAAGGUGACCGGGCUCACGGGCCGCAAGUCGGCCGUGUGCCCCGAGCACGCGCUCCGCCUGCUCGAGACCAAACGGCACAAGAACGUCGAUCUGCACACGCUCGAGUUCCUCUCGUCGUUCACGACGCACGCGCUCGAGGAGAUGCUCGAGCGGCUCGAGUCGCGCACCGCCGGCGAGCAGAGCGCGCAACCCGACCCCGAGUAAUAGUAAUAAUAGACGCAACCACAGCGCGUUCACUCGAUCGCCUCGGGGUCAGACCGCACCUGCUCACAAAGGGCCGACAGCGUUCAACCGACGCUGUCCCACGCCACGCAUUUAAUAUUUAUUUACGAUACAAGUGCGGAAGAGAGGAAAUUCGAAACGAGUGGCGAUAAAUUAAAACACGACCGCAGGGAGUGUUUUAAAUCGACACGAUUUGCGAAUUACCUAUUCGCACGUGUAUCGUACAACGUUUUACAGUACAUAUGGCCCUUUAAACUUUCGACAUAUGCACGAAAAGUGCUCUUUUCCGCACUAGUGCGAGAAAGUAGCACCAUAUGUACUGUAAAGUCUAUUCUUAGACUAAAAUAACAUUUCAUGUGUUGAUAGUUUUGUACGUCUUAUAAAUAGUGAUGUGCUAAAACCGGUACUAACCGAAAAUAAACUAUUGGGAGGUACUUAUAUUUGUGGAUGAAGUGUUUGUAACACAAUGAAUGGGUAAUCCGUGACGUGCUACAAGGGGACACUAGGAGAGGUAUUAAAAAGGGUGAAAAAGUGUAAGUAAAAAUGUGAGGUGAGGGCUUCUUAAGGGGUGAGUUCUGGAAUAAAAAGUAUCCUAUGUCCUUCCCCGGGACUUAAACUACCCCGUUACCAAAUUUCAAUUAAAUCAGUUCAGCUGUUUAAGCGUGAAGAGGUUACAGUUAGACAGACAGACAGACACACUUUCGCAUUUAUAAUAUUAAGUAUGGAUUUCCUAUUAUGUAACAAGUAGAUUUCAUUUCUUGUUUAUUUUGAAUCUAAAAUUAAUUUAAUAUUUAUCGGUUAUUCACAAACCGAAAUCAAAGAUCAGCAGUGUUUGUUUUAAGCUGGUAUCAUUAUUUCUACGUUUGACAUUUGUGGUUGUCAUUUUAGUCUACGCAAUUAAAGAAUAGGACUUCCGGUUCAAACGCCAUUUUGAUAGUAGCCUCGUGAUUAAUUCCUUUGUUUUUUGCUCAUUAAUAUUGUUUAAAGUGUAAUAUCGAUAGCUUUAUUAUACAGUAAUCUAAUGUGGUAGUGUGCAGUGAAUGGAGAAUUAAUCUCAAAGCGUGUUCAACCACCAUUUUGGAGUCAACGGCCGGUAGUCCACGUGCUUCUCGUAAAAUCCAGCUAUCGGUUUUACGAGACAACUACAACAACCUACGAACAGCGUCGUGCUCUAAGAGCAUUUAUUAUGUUCCUACCCUUUUACGUGACAUUGGCUACGGGCAACACCGCCCUCAAGUACAUCAAGAAAAGAAAGAAUUAAAGAAUAGACUUUAGUCCCGGUUGCUAGACGAUCCCGCCAUGCGGGACGACAUGUGACGUUUUCAACCAAAAGGUACCACAUUGUCGCUUGUCGAUAAGGUUGAUUUCUAAUUGAAGCUAUAUGGAAAUAGCGUCUUACUGACAAGCGACAAUAAGUACCCUUUUGGUUGAAAAUGGCACAUAUGUCGUCAGCUGACCAAAAUUACGUUGACAAUUAUUUUUUUACGUACUUUUAAUGCGUUUUUUUUAAGUUAAAACUCAUUUAGAUGAUAAUGUUAAUAAUUUUUAAACUAACACGGGACGUAAUCGCGUAAAAACUUACGUUUAUUUAUGGCCUGACGUUUCGAACGUGACGUUACGUUCGUGGUCACAGGCAGACAGGGUGUUAGUUUUAAAAUUAUGAGUGAAAAUAGUGUUAGUUUAAAUCAGUAUAAUGUUAAUGUUUAAAAAACCCACCACCAUUAAUAUUUAAAAAAAGUUGUUGUAAUUGCAAACACUGCAACUUUAGGAUAACUAGGUUUAGAUAUUUCUCAAAAUAUGGUCAAAGACUGAAUAAAAAAAAUUAGAUUUAAGAUAGCAUUCGGCCAUUUAAUAGAAUGGUCAUUUUUUAGGGUUCCGUACCCAAAGGGUAAAAACGGGACCCUAUUACUAAGACUCCGCUGUCUGUCUGUCUGUCCGUCUGUCUGUCACCAGGCUGUAUCUCAUGAACCGUGAGACAUGAAGACAUGAGACAGAUGAAAUUUUCACAGACGAUGUAUUUCUGUUGCCGCUAUAACAACAAAUACUAAAAAAUACGGAAUACUCGGUGCGCGAGUCCGACUCGCACUUGGCCGGUUUUUUAUUUUCUGUAAACUGUUUAUUAGGGAUGUACCUAGUUGUCGCCGACUAGUCGGGAAAGCCGGUUAUCCGGCCACAUUUGUAGUCGGCGAUUAGUUGGCGUAUUAUUAGUUACAGAAAAAUCCGGCCCAGUGCGAGUCGGACUCGCGCACGAAGGGUUCCGUACCAUUACGCAAAAAAUGGUAAAAAAAAUCACGUUUGCUGUAUGGAAGCCCCCCUUAAAUAUUUAUUUUAUUCUGUUUUUAGUAUUUGUUGUUAUAGCGGCAACAGGAAUAUAUCAUCUGUGAAAAUUUCAACUGUCUAGCUAUCACGGUUCAUACAGCCUCCCGUUUUUACCCUUUGGGUACGGAACCCUAAAAAUGAAAUAAACAGCAAAUAUUUAUCAAACGUUCAACCCUUUAUAGGGCAGCGGUCU